GGACGGUAUCUUCUAUCGAUAGCUCCGGUCGGAACACAUGCGUUGCUGCGGAAAAGUGUGAUUUACAUUAUCUCGUUUUUGACGAUUUGAAGGCAUUGCUCGCCAAAUUCAGAGUAAACCACAGGGUGGCGGUGAAUGCCAACAGCCAAAGGACGAACGGGACGCACUUGAGAUGACGAGCGGUACGGUAACGACGGCGGUGGAGGUGCAGCUGCCGCUCAAGGUCGCCCGUCGCAGAAUCGAGCGCGUUGGCUUCGCGUACUUUUCGCAGCGGCGCCAAUUCCUAGCGCCCGGCGGCGUGGAGCGCAGCGACAGCGAUGAGAAGCUGGAGGGCGUCGGCGAGGAGGUGGACGUCAGCUACCUGAAGUCCCUGGAUCCCAAGGAGUGGAAGGAUCAGGACCACUACGCCAUUCUAGGUCUCGGCAAAAUCCGUUACGAGGCCAGCGAGGAUGACAUUCGACGGGCAUACAGGCGCAUGGUCCUGCUGCAUCAUCCCGAUAAGCGGAAAGCCAAGGGAGAGGAAGUCAUCCAGGACGACGACUAUUUCACAUGCAUAACCAAAGCCUACGAGAUACUGGGUACAUCCAAGCCGCGUCGCAGCUUUGACUCCGUGGAUCCUGAGUUUGACGACUCGCUGCCCUCACAGAACGACAUUGAUAGCGAUUACUUUGGUGUGUUUAACAAAUUCUUUACACUUAACGGGCGCUGGAGCGAGAAGCCGAAUGUUCCUGCCUUUGGGCAGGUGGACGCCAAGCGCGAGGAAGUUGAGCGCUUCUACAACUUCUGGUACGAUUUUAAGUCGUGGCGAGAGUUCAGCUACCUGGACGAGGAAGACAAGGAGAAGGGACAGGACCGCGACGAACGUCGCUGGAUCGAGAAAGAGAACAGGGCGGCGCGAAUUAAGCGCAAGAAGGAGGAGAUGUCCCGCAUCAGGGCACUUGUUGAUUUGGCCUACAACAAUGACAAGCGCAUUCAGCGCUUCAAGCAGGAAGAGAAGGACCGCAAGGCUGCGGCCAAGCGGGCCAAGAUGGAUGCCGUCCAGGCCCAGAAGGCUGAGGCGGAUCGGGCCAUCCGGGAAGCUGCCCUGGCCAAGGAGAAGGCUGAGAAGGCCGAGCAGAAACGCAUCGAGCAGAUCCGCAUCGAACGCGAGCAGCAAAAGAAGCUGCUUAAGAAGGAGCGCAAAACGUUGCGCGACAAGGUCAAGGACUGCAAGUAUUAUGCCAAGAACGACAAGGAUCAACUUAAGCACAUGGAGGGCACCGAGAAGAUAUGCGAAACCUUUAGUCUAGCAGAGCUGCAAGCUCUUAACAAGGCCAUGGAGUCUAAAGGCCGUGAAUCGUUUGUGGCGGCCCUGCAAACAGCUGAGCAGAAGAUAGCCGCAGAGCUGGAAGAGAUUAACCAGACCCAGGCAAAGAAGUUGGCCCCUGCAGCGCCAAAAGGGGUCAAGGAGGUCAAGAAGAAUGAGCUCUGGAGCAAUGAGAACGUGCAGCUGCUUAUCAAGGCGGUUAAUCUGUUUCCCGCUGGCACUGCCCAGCGCUGGGAUGUUAUAGCCACGUUUAUCAAUCAGCACAGUCCGGGAAACACUGUGCUGGUUAAUGCCAGGGAUGUGCUGAACAAAGCCAAGGCGCUUCAGAAUACAGAUCAUUCGAAGAGCUCCCUCAAGACCCAAGCAAACGAUGCGGCCUUUGCCAGUUUCGAGAAGUCGAAGAAAGAGGUUCAGACCUGUAAGGAUAUAACCCUGGGCGAGGAGACACCGGCCCAGGCCAGCAAGGAAAACGUGAAACAAAACGGAGUAGAUCAUAAGGUUAACAAUCAGCCGGCCAAGCAGAAUGGCACGGCACCAGCUCCUGCUCCGGCAGCUGCCGCUCCACCCGCACCAGCAGCCCCUUCUCCUGCCACAAAUGGAUCCUCGGGUGGCGGCGGUGGCUCGAAAACCUGGACCAAGGAGGAGCAAGCCCUGCUCGAGCAGGCCAUUAAAACCUAUCCGACGACGACACCGGAUCGCUGGGAUCGCAUUGCCUCGUGCAUACCGAAUCGCAGUAAAAAGGAUUGCCUACGCCGUGUCAAGGAGCUGGUCGAGCUGGUUAACUCCAAGAAGGAGGCACAGGCGGCGGUAAAAUGAGUGGGGCUUAUUACCCCGCUUCCCCCGCCACUUGUCCGCCUCAACCUCUUCUAGCUGCUGUGUCCCCAUAUAAAUUUUAUUUAAAUAAAACAUAAAAAGUUUUUGAACGUUUAGCGAAAAGUUA